AUAAUAACUAAAAUAUUUUCAGGUUCUUUUUAUUUGGUUUAAUUUAGAUUUAACCAACAAUUAUGGGCGGUUUUCGUCAAUAAGGAACCAAUGAUGAAAUCCUACGUUAAGACAUGCAAAUGAAUUGGGGAUAAUAGCUGAGAGAGAUGUCUCGUCUGAUUUCAACAAUUGUGAGUUUAGAAUAAAGAGCUACACCAGCUGAAUGAUGUUGCCCGAGAUGUAUUCGAUUGGUCGAAUUGCUUUCCAGUCUGUGCUCUGUGUUACGAAUUUUAGCUGCAUCAUGUUCCUCUUGUAUCGUAAAGCGUGUGGCAGAUGUGUUUCCCUGAUGAACAUUUUCAUAGCAUGUGUGAUAUACGAAACAUAUGAAGUAUAUAAAUCUCUACAUGAAGCUGGAUGGACACAAAAUGGAUUUGGAAGCUUGGAAAAUAGUACGGACUGUCGCAAUCAAAUUCGUAUAAUUCGAAUUUGUUCUGAAGGAGUUCUAUCAACGUUUAUGUCUUUGAGUUUUGUAUUAUUCGCACAAACAUUCAAUGUGAAAAAUGGACUUGACGUCAACAGCAGGUUAUACCUGAAGAGGUUCCUCAUUGGACAGAUGACCAUAAUGUGGUUCUUCAUAUUUGCAUCCAGCUACACGAUAGACUUACAAAGAGCUGGAGACUUGGAUAGUCUCAACACAACAAUGCAAUUCUUUGGAAAAUUAGGAUAUGGUUCUAUGGGGAACGACAAAGAGAUUUUCUGGACUUUUUACAUGUGUAAGGAAAACGUAUAUUCCGAACUACCAUUCCUUAUAACUGACUAUUUACUUGUUGUCCAAUCAAUCAUGGUACCCUCCUUUGUUUGCUUGUUUUGCAUCAUUGUAAGCAGGAGGAGACAAAAUAUGAUAGGGAGAUGCAUGUCUACCAGUACAGAAAAUACAGAUUGUCUAUGCACAAGGAAUCAUGCAUGGUAUAUUUUAAAGCCAGCUUACGUCAUACUAAUUCUGGCAACUGUAUACUGGGAGCUGAUUGGACGACCUGUUGCGUAUAUGGAAAAGUUCUCAACCAAGGAGCAAGCAUAUUAUGCCUGGGUUGAACAUUUCAUACUUUCGUUAGCUCUUGCGAUUGGAAUGGUGACAUUUUGUUUUCUUGCCAAACAGGAUAAACGAUCUAUUACAUUUACACCUGAAGAAUGUGUGAAACAUCUCAACCUACAGUCUCAAGAAGCGGAUGUUAUUCCAAGAAAAGAAGACAUUAUUUAAGCUGAACAUUUUUUUCGAAUUAAGCGAGCAAUAAUACAGGGUGAGACAAAAAAGGUA